UUAACGAGUACGGCUGUAACUUUUCCAACGCUUUUAUGUCGGUAGGAUGGAUCUCCCUCAAGAGGGUGAGGCUGUUGGUGGAACUCUGACAGGCAGAGCAGCAUGUGAUGUGUCUAGCCAUGUGUCCAUGAAGAAGGGGGUCAGGGAUGGAAAAAUGCUAUCUUAUCCAAGACCACACAGACCAGCGUCUCCAGUGCCCAGCUGUGUGUCCAUGAAGAGUGACUGGUCCAUGGGAAAACCUCCUGAUUUCAGCGGUGGACCACCACAGUCUGAUCCAAAACCACAGACACACAGACCAGUGUCUCCAGUGCCCAGCUGUGUGUCCAUGAAGAGUGACUGGUCCAUGGGAAAGCCUCCUGAUUUCAGCGGUGGACCACCACAAUCUGAUCCAAAACCACAGACACAGAGGCCAGCAUCUCCAGUGCCCAGCUGUGUGUCCAUGAAGAGUGACUGGUCCAUGGGAAAGCCUCCUGAUUUCAGCGGUGGACCACCACAAUCUGAUCCAAAACCACAGACACACAGACCAGUGUCUCCAGUGCCCAGCUGUGUGUCCAUGAAGAGUGACUGGUCCAUGGGAAAGCCUCCUGAUUUCAGCGGUGGACCACCACAAUCUGAUCCAAAUCCACAGACCCAAAGACCUGUGUCUCCAGUGCCCAGCUGUGUGUCCAUGAGGAGUGACCGGUCCAUGGAGGAUCCUCUCAAUCUCAGCAGAGGAUCACCACUGUCUGAUCCAAAUCCACAGACCCACAGACCAGUGUCUCCCGUGCCCAGCUGUGUGUCCAUGAAGAGUGACCGGUCCAUGGAGGAUCCUCUCAAUCUCAGCAGUGGACCACCUCCGUCUGAUCCAAAGUGUGAGGCCAGCAGGGCUGCUGGGUUAAACAUGGCCAAUGUCACAGCUCAGCCUGGAGGGAUGGAGAGCACCCUGGCACUGAGUGGAGGAGCGGCCCUGCCACAGCAAGGAGGAGUAACAGCAGCCCUUAAGGAAGUGCUGAGGAAGACCCUGGGAGACCUUACGGAUGCCGACUUCAAGACGUUUAAGCAUCACCUACGAGACCAGGGUAGAUUUGCAUGGGGAAAGCUGGAGAAGGCUGACAGAGACGAAACCGUGGAUUUGAUGGUGCAGGUGCACACCAUGGGAGCUGGAGGCGUCAUGGUGACCAUCUUGCAGAAGAUGAACCACAACCAGCUGGCCAUGGACUUGGAGAGGGAUCUGGCAAAAUGUGGAGGCCAGCAGUGUGGGGUGAACAUGUCUGGAGCACCUGCACCACAGCAAGGCCAUGGUUCAGCACAGACAGUUAAAAUACUGAAAGAGAAGCUCCAAACGCACUUGAGAACCAAGUUUUCUGCUGUGCAUCAAGAUCAUGAAGUUAAAAAUGUGGACGAUAUCUAUACUGACCUUUACAUUGUUGAGGGCUGCACAGGUGGGGUCAACAGUACACACGAAGUGUCGUCAAUUAACAUGAAUCAACUUGGGAGACGACCAAGCUCAGAAGAUAAGCAAGUUAAGUUGCCAAACAUGUUCACUGACAGGCUUGCCAGAAAAGUUUUGACUUUGGGGAUUGCUGGUGUGGGGAAAACUGUUGCAGUGCAGAAGUUUGUCAUGGACUGGGCUAAUGGAGAAACAAAUCAAGACAUCGACUUUGUCUUUGUCCUUCUGUUUCGAGAGCUGAACUUGAUGGAAAAGCACCUCACCUUUCUUGAACUCCUUGCAUUCUUUACUGGACUCAAAGGUUUGACCAACUUCUCUGAAUUCACUGAAUGCAGCAUUAUUGUUGUCCUUGAUGGUCUGGAUGAAAGCAGGUUCCAGCUAAAAUUUAAAAAGUGCAUCAGUGAACUUGAUGAGAAGACUUCUGUGGACAUCCUCAUGACAAGUCUUAUUAAAGGCAUGUUACUGAACUCUGCACACAUCUGGGUUACAACCAGACCAGCAGCAGCCAGUCUGAUCCCAGGUGAGUGCUUCAACUUGGUGACAGAAGUGCGAGGAUUCCGUGACGACCAGAAAGAUGAGUUCUUUAAAAAGAAUACAAACAAUCCAGAAAAGGCUGAUAAACUCAUUCUUUAUAUCAAGAAGAAUAGAAGCCUCCAAAUCAUGUGUCACAUACCAGUAUUUUGCCGCAUUAUAGCCAGUGUGGUAGAUGAAAUACUGGGAGAUCAGAGCAAAGAAAAAAGAACUUUGACGGAAAUGUACACACUGUAUACCUGCACUCAGAUGAAAAGAAUGAAUGAAUACUUGGACAAUAGGAUGGGUGCAAAAGAAAAAGGGCAGUUGCUUGUUAAGCUUGGGGAACUAGCAUUCAAACAUCUGGAAAAAGGCACCCUGAUAUUCUAUGGAAAGGACUUGCAAGAUUGUGGUAUUGAUGUCAAGGCUGGAUCAUUGCAGGCUGGAGUUUGUACACAGAUCUUCAAUGUUGAGUGUACUGUAGCUGAAGAGAAAAUAUUCAGCUUUGUACAUCUAAGUGUACAGGAAUACUUGGCAGCUCUUUAUGUUCUUCACAAAAAUGCAACUUGUUAUUUGGGAAAUCGUCUCCCCACACCAUGGAGGAAGACAAUUAACUGGCUCUCUCCACCCUCAAGGUCUGACCUUUACCAGCUUGCUGUGGACAAGGCCCUACAGAGCCAGAAUGGACAUUUGGAUCUUUUUGUGCGCUUCCUCCUUGGCCUGGCUCCAAUGUUGGAGCCUCAAAUCAGGUCCCCCUUGAAUAAUGUGCUGCCACAGUUAGCUGUCAGAGAAACAAGCAUCAAGAACACAGUUCAAUACAUCAAAGAAGUGAUCAACAGAGACAGCUCAUCAGAACGGACCAUCAACCUCUUCCACUGUUUGAAUGAGCUUGGGGACCACUCACUGGUUGAGGAGAUCAAUAGGUACAUGAACUCAGCAGAUAAGAAGAAACUGACUCCAGCUCAGUGUUCAGCUCUGGCUUAUCUGCUUCUGAUGUCAGCUGAGGAGUUGGAGGAGUUUGAUCUGAAGAAGUACCUGAGAUCAGAGGAAGGGCUCCACAGAAUGCUUCCAGUAGUGAAGGUCUCAAGGAGAGCUUGGCUGAAUCAGUGUCAACUCACUAAAGCAAGCGGUAAACUGUUAGCAUCAGUGCUACAAAUGACACCUUCCCAUCUGAGAGAACUGGACUUGAGUGACAAUGACCUUCAGGAUGAAGGAGUGGAGCUGCUUUGUGUGGCAGUUGGAGAUCCACAGUGCAAGCUGGAGAUACUGAGACUUGUUGGCUGUGGACUCACUGAGAAGUCUGGAGGUGUUUUGGCCUUUGCCCUGCAGUCAGUAAACUCCCACUUGAGAGAGCUGGACUUGAGUAAGAAUACUCUGGGGGAUUGUGGAGGAAAGCUGAGCUCUGGAACGCUGAAUCCGCACUGUACGAUGGAGACACUCAGACUUGCUGGUUGUAAACUGUCGGAGAAACCCUGUGAGGUUGUAGCCUCUGCUGUGCAGCACAUGGUAUCUCUGACAGAACUGGACCUGAGCGACAAUCACAUGAACAUCACUGGAAUUCAGCUUCUGAGUGCUGGGAUAAGUCACUCCAACUGUAAACUGCAGAUAUUAAGACUUGUUGGCUGUGGACUGACUGAGAAGUCUGGAGGUGUUUUGGCCUUUGCCCUGCAGUCAGUAAACUCCCACUGGAGAGAGCUGGACUUGAGUAAGAAUACUCUGGGGGAUUGUGGAGGAAAGCUGGGCUCUGGAACGCUGAAUCCGCACUGUACGAUGGAGACACUCAGACUUGCUGACUGUAAGCUGAAAGAGAAGUCCUGUGAGAUUGUGAUCUCGGCUCUGCAGUCUGCAAACUCCCCCUUCAGAGUGCUGGACCUGAGUCAGAAUGACCUGCAGGCUUCAGGAAAAAAGCUGCUCUCUGCUCUACAGAGUCCAAACUGCAAACUGCAAACAUUGAGACUUGUUGACUGUGGACUCACUGAGAAAUCUGGUGAUAUUUUGGCCUUUGCCCUGCAGUCAGUAAACUCCCACUUGAGAGAGCUAGACCUGAGUAAGAAUACUCUGGGGGAUUGUGGAGGAAAGCUGGGCUCUGAAGCACUGAAUCUCCAUUGUACGAUGGAGACACUCAGACUUGCUGGUUGUAAACUGUCAGACGAAUCCUGUGAGGUUGUAGCCUCUGCUGUGCAGCACGUGGUCUCCCUGACAGAACUGGACCUGAGUGACAAUCACAUGAACAUCACUGCAGUUCAGCUUCUGAGUGCUGGGAUAAGUCACUCCAACUGUAAACUGCAGAUAUUAAGACUUGCUGGUUGUAAACUGCCAGAGGAAUCCUGUGAGGUUGUAGCCUCUGCUGUGCAGCACAUGGUCUCCCUGACAGAACUGGACCUGAGUGACAAUCAUAUGAACAUCACUGGAGUUCAUCUUCUGAGUGCUGGGAUAAGUCACUCCAACUGUAAACUGCAGAUAUUAAGACUUGCUGGUUGUAAACUGCCAGAGGAAUCCUGUGAGGUUGUAGCCUCUGCUGUGCAGCACAUGGUCUCCCUGACAGAACUGGAUCUGAGUGACAAUCACUUAAACAUCGCUGGAGUUCAUCUUUCAAGUGCAUUGAAAGGUGACAUCAACUGGAAGCUGCAGAUAUUGAGACAUGCCCGUGGAGAACUGAGAAAAUAUGCCUGUGAGCUCACACUGGACCCAAACACAGCACACAGAGGUCUCUCUCUCUCUGAGGGGAACAGAAAGGUGACACGUGCGAGUGAGCUGCAGUCGUAUCCUGACCACCCAGAGAGAUUUGACUGCUACGUUCAGGUGCUGUGUAGAGAGGGUCUGCCUGGACGCUGCUACUGGGAGGCUGAGUGGAGUGGUGAUAAGGCUGAGAUAGCAGUGGCCUAUAAAAGCAUGGAGAGAGAAGGGGAUGGGAAGAGCAGCGCGGUUGGAGAAAAUGCCAAGUCCUGGAGUCUAUGGUGCUCUGGUAACAGUUACUCUGCCAGGCACAAUGAUAAGGAGACUGCCAUACCUGCCCCCUCCUCCCGCUCCAGCAGAGUAGGAGUGUACCUGGACUGGCCAG